AUAUAUGUCAAGCUAUAGAAACCCUUAUCAAACACUGCCCUCUCUUGUUCGGAGGUUUUUUUACUCCCUGCUACAAUACAAUGGCCGCCUUGGAGAACUUGAAGGAUAUGUAUGAUGUUGCUCUGAAGCCUCGUAUGCUCCGUGCAUUAUUGAAGGAAGAUGUCCCAGACGAGAAGAAGCCACUAGGCACACCAUUGAAGCUGUCAAGGGUUGUCUCCACUAUUCAAACUUUCAAGCUUUUAGCUGAAUCCAUCACCGGUUCCAUGGAUGAUAAGCUAAUUGAACGCUGGAAGUCUGCCGUUGAUGAUUGGCUCAAUCGAUUAUUAUUUCUGGUCUCGAGCUCUACCAUGCCAGAUAAAUGUUGGGCAGCAAUCUGUUUGCUGGGGGUGACUUCUCAAGAAUGCAGCUCUGAACGCUUUCUGGCAUCAUAUGCUGUAUGGUUUGACAAACUUUUAUUACACAUUCAGUCACCAGCAGAUUCUCAGUUUGUAAAGGUGGCUUCUUGUACCUCAAUAUCUGAUUUGAUGACAAGGUUAGCUGGAUUUCCUAAUGCCAAGAAGAAUGGAACUUCCCAUGCUGGAAAACUCAUUCAACCUGUUCUGAGGCUGUUGCAAGAGGAUAGUUCAGAGAAUGUGUGGGAAGGAGCACUUCAUCUGUUACGCACUGUUAUAACUUUCUUUCCAGCUUCUCUUCAUCGUCAUUAUGACAGUGUUGAAGCUGUUAUUGCAUCAAAAAUUUUGUCAGGAAAAUGCAGUAUUAAUAUGCUUAAGAAGCUUGCCUAUUGUCUAGCAUUACUUCCUAAAUCAAGAGGAGAUGAUGAUAGUUGGCUUUCAAUGAUGCGGAAGAUUCUAUUAUUGGUAAAUGGUUACCUGACUGAAAUCUUCCAUGGUCUAGAAGAAGAAACUAAAUGGGAUGAAGCUGUUAGAUUAUUGGUUCCACCUGGAGAGAUUACCCCAACUUCUUUAUGGGGUCAGAAUUUGUUAGAAGAGACAUCAGACAGGGCAAGAAAGAGAUCUAAGCUAUCAAGUGUCUCUGCAUUGAUGCAUAGUUGUUGUACAAUGCUUACAACUUCAUAUCCAGUCCAGGUGACGGUACCUGUUCGCUCAUUUUUGGCCCUAAUUGAGAGAGUGUUGAUGGUUGAUGGCUCCUUGCCACAUGCCAUGUCUCCCUUUGUGAUUGCAUCGGAACAAGAGUUCAUUUGUACUGAACUUCCAGUUCUGCAUUCAUACACUUUGGACCUUCUUACUUCAGUUGUAAAGGGAAUACGCAGUCAACUAUUGCCACAUGCUGCUUAUGUUGUGCGACUUGUUAAAGAGUAUUUUAGGAGAUGUAAAUUGUCAGAAUUAAGGACAAAAAUAUACUCGAUCAUAAAGAUGUUGCUGAUAUCCGUGGGUGUUGGAAUAGCAAUAUAUCUGGCCCAGGAAGUUGUCAACAAUGCACUUCUUGACUUAAAUCUUAAUGGUGAUGAUGCAUCUUCUAGUGCAAACCCAAUGGCCCCUUCUGAAGCAUUGCUGCAGCCUUGCCGUAGAAAAAGGAAGCGUGGAGCAAGUGGAUCUCUGGAGCAAAAGUAUGAUGCAAUUAGUUUGGAUGUAGAAGCAUCCAAGAGUCACCCCACAACUAUGAUAGCUGUGAAGAUAGCAGCACUUGAGGCAUUAGAAGCUCUUCUAACUGUGGGUGGUGCUUUGAGGUCUGAUUCCAAGCUGUCAAAAGUUGAUAAUCUUUUAAUAAAUAUGGCAGCAGAUUGUUGUAAAGGGGGAUGGGCUAACGAGGAAAGCAACUCAUUCUUGCCUAAUGGGUCGACCUCCACACAUGCAGAUUUGCAGCUUGCAAUAUUGCGUACACUCUUGGCGUCUCUUCUGUCACCAUCUUGUGUGCGUCCUCCACAUUUAGCACAGAGUCUUGAGCUUUAUCGUAGAGGAAGGCAAGAAACUGGAACAAAACUUUCUGAACUAUGUUCCUAUGCACUUUUGGUGUUGGAGGUACUUAUACAUCCUCGGGCCCUGCCACUGGCAGGUUUUUCCUCUGAAAAAUCUUCCCAUGAAGUUAACGGUGGAUUACAGGAAAUAGGGCAUAGAUCUUCUGAUUCAGAUGACGUUACUUUUGAGAGAUGGCUAGGCAGUUGCAAAGAAACAGACACUCCAGCAGAUGGCCCAGGUAAAAAUAUAAACAGCAAAAUGCCUUCUGAAAACUUGGGAGUUCAAGCAGGUUCAAUGGCUACAAAAAGUCCUGGGCAAAGUAAGGACGAGCCAGCAGUAGCUAAUGCAGAUGUAGAGAUGGGAAACUUUGGUGAUGAAAUAAUUGUCGAAUCACAGCAAGUUCAAGAACCCAUAUUGCAGCUUCAGGGUUUCACAUCUCUUAAAGAUGCCACCGUUUCUGUAGUCCUUGAUGAUCCUAAAAUUCCUGAACUGGAAUUAACAAGGGUAGCUUCAGGCACUGGUGCAUUAGUUUCUACAGAUAAGGAAACUGCACCAGUUGAGGCUGGCAUGGUAGAUAGAGGUAGUGAAAUUGCCUCCACAGUAGGAAGCAAAAAUACAACAGCUAGUGCUCUAAAAGAAACAGUAUUUGGUUCUGAAUCAGAUCAUGACUCAUCAGCAGAGUCUUUGCCAGAUAUUGUGGAUGCUGAUCCAGAUUCUGAUUAGAAUUUAGGUAAGAGUUGUGAUGUAUCUCGAAGUUAAAAGGAGAGUCAGGGACAUGCAUUGUAUUUUAUAGAAGUCUUUUCAUCUUUUCAAAAGAAGAUGGUUUUGGGUUUAGUAAUCGCUUUGCAUUUUAUCAGUCUGGCAGUUGAUGAGAACAUUAUGCCAUUUGUUUGGUUUGUUGAAUGGAAUAUAUUAGUUAUUAUUUUCCCUUGAAAUUAUAUAUAAAGUGAUAAUUAUUUUUUUCUA